ACGCCAUCUCCAGCAAUGCAUGCAACGACGAUCCAACACGUGGUUCUAGCAGCAAAGGCGGCGUCGACAACUACGACGAUGAUUGCGUCUUGCGCAAAACCAUUAGCCCCAUCAUCAUCGUCACCAGCGGCAAUCCUAAUGCGUCGGCUGAUGGUAGUGGCCUCAGCCGCACAACGACUACAAAGCACCAGCAGCAACAGUAGCGCCAACGGUUGUUGGAUGCCAGCGACGUCGUUAGUUAGAAACGAUCGUCGGUGGAAGCAGGAAGCUGCAAACGGAUUCGAAUCGGGAUCUGGUGUAAUUAAUCGUAGAGUCUCACUCGAUAGAUCUUUACUGGCACCGUCGUCAGUGCUACGGAACCAAUCACAGAGAACCAUCAUGGCCGCAGCAGUGAAACCGCGCCUCGUGGCCCUCGAGGAAUCCCGCCGCUUCAUGGUGGAGUGCUUUCUCAAGUCCAAAACCCCGGAAUCGCACGCCAAGCAGAUGGCCGACCUGCUGGUGGAAGCCGACUACCGGGGCCACUUUAGCCACGGCAUGAACCGGCUAGAGAUGUACAUCAACGAUCUGCACAAGAACGCCUGCAGCGGAGCAGCCGAACCAACGAUUCUGAAGGAAACCCCUGCGACCGCGUGGGUCGACGGGAACAAUGGUCUCGGGGCAGUUGUAGGUAACUUCUGUAUGGAUCUGGCCGUCAAGAAGGCCAAGGAAGUCGGCGUCGGGUGGGUUUGUGCGAAACGUUCCAAUCAUUACGGUAUUGCCGGGUGGUACACCCUCAGGGCAAUGAACGCGGGAUGUGUCGGAAUGUCCAUGACCAACACAUCGCCGUUGGCCAGUCCAACCAGAAGCAAGGAAGCCGCCCUCGGAACUAAUCCCUUGUCGGUGGGUGCGCCGGCCGAAAACGGAGACGGAUUUGUGUUGGAUAUGGCCACCACUGCCGUGGCUGUUGGCAAGAUCGAAAUCCAGCGGCGCAAGGGUGAACCGAUUCCCCUCGGGUGGGCACAAGACCCCACGGGACAUCCCACAACGGACGCCAAUCUGGCCUUUGAAACCGGAUGCCUAAUGCCGCUGGGCGGCACCGAACUGACCUCCGGAUACAAGGGAUACGGUCUGGCCGCGAUGGUAGAAGUAUUCUGCGGCAUCAUGGCCGGAUCCAACUACUCCACCAAGGUUCGCAAAUGGACACACGCCGGCGCCGACUCGGAAGCCGAUCUGGGCCAGUGCUUUGUGGCCAUCAAUCCGGAAUGUUUUGCCCCCGGCUUCGAGGGAAGGGUGUCCGAUUUGAACAGUAUUCUGAGGAACAUGCCAAGGACCGACGAAACGAAGCCGGUUCUGGUACCCGGCGAUCCGGAACGAAACCACAUGGCAAAAGUUGACACGGAAGGAGGCCUGGCAUAUCACGAGAACCAAAUCAAGACUUGCAACCAGCUAUCGGAACGGUUGGGCGUCAAACCGAUCUCCUUCGUGGCUUAACAAUAGAAGCGGACGAUUCCUCCAUUGUUUUGCAUUUAACGGAGUUUUUGUUUUAAUUAUACUUUACAUUUUACGUAACUUGUAAGGUGCUUCGAUGUUAAAUAUUACGAUAAACACGCGUAAAUUGUA